CGACACAUUCUCACGCGCGGAUAUAAAACGGGCCCAGCCCUGCCAACCCACGGCCAGUGGGCAGCGAACGGUGACUAGCGGUGACGAUACAUCUGCGCCAUGCAAACGCUGCUCGUAUCGAUUUCCCUGUUUGUGAUGGCGCACGGUGCGUACGUGGUGCGGUCGUUUGCCGACGCCACCGCGUACCGGGACGAGUGCGUGCAGCAGUACGCCGGGCGGGGCAGCUCGCUGAUCGACUACAUGCGCCAGGUGGCGCUGCACACGGACGACGCGGACAGCCGGUGGUGCAUCGUGCGCUGCAUCCUGCAGAAGGCGGACCUGCUGGACGGUGAGGGCGCCCCGCACGAGGCGAACGUGCACGCCCAGAUGCAGCACAGCAACGCGAUCGUGGAGGACCCGGACGACAUCCGCAGCGAGACGAGCCGGUGUCUGCGUGAGCCGCCCGCGUCCGGUGGCGGCGGCGGCGGCGGCGGGUGCCUGCGGGCGUACACGUUCUUCGCCUGCAUCCAGAGCACCGAGUACGACUUAUUUUGACGACCCGGGUCCGGCCGGUCCGAAACAUGUUUGCUCUAUUGCUUACCGACCGUUUUCGGUGUCGGCAUGUAGUUUAGCCUUAAGUGUCUUCAAUAAACACCGUAAGCCCCAACCGAAAAGAAUGGUGGCGAAAGCGAACGCCGUUGACGCUGCCUGCCUGUUCGAUUAUCGCGACUUGCGCCGCUGGGGCCGUUUCUAUCAGUGGUCCCCGGUGCGGGCCACCCGGUUUCUCUGUCAACAAGGUUCGUUAUCAGAGCUCGGGGUGCACUUUGGUGCCAGAUCAGCUGAUCACUUCCUGGAAGACCCGAGACGGUUGUGGCAGUGCAGGAGCGGAAGUGAGAGCAGUAAUUGAGGCCCUCCCUCCCCAAUCCAAACAAUCAAAUAAAGCCUGACGCGGGACACCCCGGUGGAUAAAGCGUCCCAUCCGACAAGCCGAGAGAGGGUCAACGUACAAGCAUCGAGCUAUCAGGCUAUCAAGUAAAUAAGUGGAGCAAAUCAAUGCUGUUGCUGCUGCUGUUGCUGCUGCUGCUGAUUGUUCGGGACGCGCGGGAUCUUGCCCACGGGUUGGGAUGAAUGAUGCUGCUGCUGGGGAUUAUAAAAGCCGGCGAGCGGGUCUAGUGUAGCCAUCAGUCCGUGUUUUUGCCCCGUACUUGAAAGGUGCACCAGCAGCAGCAGCAGCAGCAGCAGCAACAACUCGCCCC